ACCUUAAAAUCUCAGUUCAGUCAUUCCGUUGCUAUUUGGAAAUUAAAAUCGAGCUGUCGUCAAUAGGAAAAUAAAUAUACGAACAAUAAAAUCGGUGAUGUGAAAAAAGAAAGAAAAAUAAGUUCAUCGAUUAGAAAUAAAAACAGUGGAAAACACCAACCGUAGGAAAAACGACAACUUCGAACACCAUACAAUAAAAUAAGACAAAAAAAGGAAAUGUUUUCCGAUGUGUUUUGGCUAAUGAUUGCCAUUUUCGUAACGUUGACGAUAAACAACGCGAAUUCAGCAAAUAUUUUAUGCCUCAUGGGAACUCCAUCAUCAAGUCAUCACAUAUGGAACAAAUCCAUUAUGAGGGCAUUAGCCGACAGAGGGAACAAUUUAACGAUAUUAACAGUUGAAAUAGAACGUUCAACAAAAAAUAUGCAUUUUAUUCACAUGGAAAAUGUCUAUGAUGCGAUUUACGAGCAAUUCACCAGCGAUGAAAAUAAUGAUCUUACAAACAAACAUGCAUAUAAAACUAUCACACUAUUGUACCGAUUAUACUCAUUCGCCGGACGACAAAUAGUCGAAACGGCUGGUGCUAAGCAGCUACUGGAUUAUCCAAUUGAUUUCCAAUUCGACGCGAUUAUACACGACUUUACACAAAGUCCAGUUCUACUGGGAUUCGUGCAUCGCUUCGGUUAUCCGCCAUUGAUAUCCGUUAGUCCAUACGGCAUACCACCGUAUACCUAUGCACUUGCACAGGUUCCCAUGUUUCCCAGUUACACACCGCAUGCGAUCGGAACGUUUACAAAUCAAAUGGGAUUUUAUGAAAGAAUUCGAAAUUGGUCGUAUUAUUUCUAUGAUUGGGUGUAUAGGAGAUUUGUGCACAUGGCCAAUGAAAAUCGGAAGGCAAAAAAACUGUUCGGAGCCCUAUCGCCAAGUUUAGAGAGUAUCGAAAGCAUGACGGAAUUGGUUUUGGUAAAUAUCGACUUCUCGUUCGAUUAUCCUCAAGUGUUACCGCCAAAUGUGAUACCGGUGGCAGGACUACAAGUUAAUAGAACCGAAAAACCGGAUCAGUCGGUAGAUUUGUUUCUGAAAAAGUCUACAAGAGGAGCAAUAUAUUUUAGUCUCGGAUCAGCUGUACAAACUUCAAGCAAUGGUGCUCUGAUUCGGACAUUUUUGGAAGCAGUACGACAAUUGAAAGAAUUUAACUUCAUAUUGCAAUUAGAGGUUCAGGAACGCAGUAGUUUUCCGCCCAAUGUGUUAGUCAGAGAAUGGCUUCCGCAAAACCGUAUCUUAGCUCAUCCGAACACAAAACUAUUUAUUACUCAUGGUGGUCGUUUAAGCGUGCAAGAAGCUAUAUGGCAUGGUGUGUGUAUGCUUGGAGUCCCAUUUCGUCUGGAUCACCAGCAAAAUAUGGUAAAAGUUACGCAGCAUGGCAUUGGAGAAUAUUUAGAUGUUCGUAACAUAACCACGGAACUGUUGGUUGAUACUAUCAGAACCAUUAUUGAAUCAAACAGAUACGCUGAACAGGUCAAGGUUCGAUCCAAAUUGUUUAAACAUCAACCGACACAUCCACUUGAUCGGGCUGUAUUUUGGAUUGAAAAUGCGAUUGUCAAUCGAGGAACGAAACAUUUGUCGUUGACAAAUUUUGAAUUGAACUUUUUCCAAAUUUAUAUGUUCGAUGCAAGUGCAUUCUUUUUGCUUAUAUGUUUAGCGUUUACAUUUAUGAUGGUCCGACAUAUUCAUUUCGGGAAUGUCGACAGCAGAAAAAAAUCUGAAAGCAACACAAUCGCAGUCCCACACGACAUAAACAAAACGGAAAAAAUCGAAUAAAAUUUUAGAAAGAGAUGAGACAAGAGGUUAUUCUGAAAAUUGAGGAAAUUCUUUCAGUUAAAGCAACAUUCGAAUAUGCUGAAUAUAUUAACAAAGUUACUUUGUUGUCUUAGAAGGUGUAUACGACUAAUAUCUACUUUUUAAAACGUCCUCAUCUAAGUCAAAAACGAAAAUUACCCCCAUUGACCCAUACAAUAAUUUGUGAAUAGUAAUUAAUUUUUUUUUUUCAA